AUGGUGGCCUCAGGGGUCUGUCGGUCAGAUGACCACGUGGUUAAUGGAAACUUCGCCACACCUUUUCCUAUGAUCCCAGGCCAUGAGGGAGCCGGCAUUGUGGAAAGCAUUGGAGAAGGAGUGACUGCAGUAAAGCCAGGUGAUAAAGUCAUCCCACUCUUUACUCCCCAGUGUGGAAAAUGCAAAGUUUGUAAACAUCCAGGAAGCAACUUCUGUGUGAAAAAUGAUCUGAGCAUGCCUCGUGGGACCUUGCAGGAUGGUACCACCAGGUUCACCUGCAAAGGGAAGUCCAUCAACCACUUCCUUAGCACCAGCACCUUCACCCAGUACACAGUGGUGGACGAGAUCUCAGUGGUCAAAAUUGAUGCAGCUGCACCACUAGAGAAAGUCUGUCUGAUUGGCUGUGGAUUCACAACUGGCUAUGGGUCUGCCAUCCAAGUUGCCAAGGUGACCCCAGGCUCCACCUGUGCGGUGUUUGGCCUUGGAGCAGUCGGCCUGUCGGUUGUCAUGGGCUGUAAAGCGGCUGGAGCAGCCAGGAUCAUUGGGGUGGACAUCAACAAAGACAAAUAUGCGAAGGCAAAGCAACUGGGCGCCACCGAGUGCAUCAGCCCAGAGGACUUCAAGAAACCCAUCCACGAGGUGCUGAAGGAAAUGAGCGGUGGAGGUGUGGAUUUUUCAUUUGAAGUCAUUGGUCGGCUUGACACCAUGCUGGCUGCCUUGGAAAGCUGUCAAGAGGCAUAUGGCGUAAGCGUCAUUGUAGCAGUACCGCCUGAUUCCCAGAAUAUCUCUCUGAACCCCAUACUGCUAUUGGGUGGACGUACCUGGACAGGAGCAAUUUUUGGUGGCUUUAAGAGUAAAGAUUCCGUCCCCAAACUUGUGACUGACUUUAUGGCUAAGAAGUUUUCAUUGGAUCCAUUAAUAACCCAUGUUUUACCUUUUGAGAAAAUAAAUGAAGCAUUUGACCUGCUUCGUUCUGGAAAGAGUAUCCGCACCAUCCUGACAUUUUGAGGCCAUACAAAUGAUGUGAAGUCAUUUUUCAGGCAAA